AGGAGAAUAUAAUAAUGGUCUUGUUGGUUGUGGUGGCGGUGGCUGCCAUUACGGUUCUUUUAAUUAUUGAAAUUGAAAAGUUUUAAGUUCAAAAAACCCUACUAGAACCCUAACUAAAUAGUAUAUAGUCCACUCUUUUUGGUCUGCAAUACACUAGUUGCAUUUGCAGUAAUAGUAAGAGGAGUAGUUGAGCAGCGGGAGGAGAAAAGAAGAAGCAGCAAAAAUGCCGCUGGGUGAAAAAGCAGGAUUUGAAAAGAGCCAAUCUCGAUACUGUGGAGUGGAGACAGAGUUCAACGAUGACUUUCCUCAGCUUCUCAAUUUUAACCUCUCUACUGGCUCCUUCGAUUUCGUUGUCGCUCCCCUGAUGAAUCCCACAUAUCGGCCCAGCUUGUUGGAAAAAGAUGGGGUUCUUCCAUUUGCUGCAUCAGACCUUGUUUUGAGUCCUUCCCAGUGGAGCAGUCAUGUUGUUGGAAAAAUUAGUUCUUGGAUUGACUUGGAUUCAGAGGACGAAGCACUUCGGAUGGAUUCCGAAACCACAUUGAAACAAGAAAUAGCGUGGGCUAAUCAUCUAUCUGUACAGGCAUGCAUUCUUCCUCCUCCCAAGGGUGCAUCCUGUGCUAAUUAUGCCAGGUGUGUAAAUCAGAUCUUGCAGGGCCUAAACAAUAUGCAGUUGUGGCUUAGGAUUCCUCUGGUGAAGACUGAUGAUGAUGCUAUGGAUGCGAACUCUACUAGUUUUAUUGAUUCCUGGGAAUUAUGGAAUUCAUUUCGUCUUCUCUGCGAACAUCACGGUCAGCUGUCCAUUGCACUUGAUAUCUUGAGUUCCCUGCCUUCAGUGAACUCACUUGGCCGUUGGUUUGGAGAAACUGUUGCUGCAGCCAUAAUCAAUACGGAUUCCUUCCUAACAAAUGGACGGGGUUACCCAUGCCUGUCAAAGCGCCAUCAGAAACUGAUUACUGGGUUCUUUAACCAUUCAAUACAGAUUGUAAUUUCUGGCAAACCUGCACACAGUAUUCCCAGACCAAGUUCAGAUUUAGCAGCCAAUAAUUUUGAUAAUAAUGGUGAAAGUCCACAAAGACAUUCCCUCAGGCCAUAUUUGGACUAUGUUGGCUUUCUCUUCCAAAGGAUGGAUCCCCUUCCCGAGCAAGAACGUUUUGAACUUGGUUACAGGGAUUUCCUACAGUCUCCGUUGCAGCCUCUCAUGGAUAAUCUAGAAGCCCAAACAUAUGAGACAUUUGAGAGAGACUCAAUGAAAUACAUCCAGUACCAAAGGGCAAUCAGUAAAGCUUUGCUGGACAGGGUCCCUGAUGACAAAGCAAGUGCAACCACUGUUUUGAUGGUUGUUGGAGCAGGACGUGGACCUCUUGUGAGGGCAUCGUUGCAGGCAGCUGAAGAAACUGGACGUAAGCUGAAAAUUUAUGCCGUGGAGAAAAAUCCCAAUGCAGUUGUCACACUUCAUAGCUUGGUUAAGUUAGAAGGGUGGGAAGAUAUUGUUACCAUAAUUUCUUGUGAUAUGCGUUUCUGGGAUGCUCCUGAAAAAGCUGAUAUCUUGGUUAGUGAAUUACUGGGUUCUUUUGGUGACAAUGAGCUAUCGCCUGAAUGCCUUGAUGGUGCCCAAAGGUUCUUGAAGCAAGAUGGAAUCUCAAUACCAUCAUCGUACACUAGUUUUAUCCAACCACUGACAGCUGCCAAGCUAUAUAAUGAUGUUAAGUCGCACAAAGAUCUUGUACACUUUGAGACUGCAUAUGUUGUCAAAAUGCAUAAUAUAGCAAGGCUCACCCCUUCCCAACCUGUCUUUACAUUUACCCACCCAGAUUACUCAAACAAAAAAAGCAAUCAACGCUACAAAAGGUUGCAGUUUGAGAUACCAAGUGACACUGGAUCAGCUAUGGUGCAUGGAUUUGCUGGCUAUUUUGAUGCAGAGCUUUACAAAGAUGUUCAUCUUGGCAUUGAACCAUCAAUGGCGACACCAAACAUGUUCAGCUGGUUUGCAAUAUUCUUCCCUCUUAGGACACCAGUUUGCGUAAAGCCUGGUUCUCCUUUGGAAGUACAUUUUUGGCGAUGUUGUGGUUCUUCUAAGGUUUGGUAUGAAUGGUGUGUGGCAUCUCCUAACUCAUCAGCUAUUCACAACAGCAAUGGUCGUUCAUACUGGGUUGGUCUCUAGGGUUUUCCUAAAUUUUAUGGAAGCAUUUAUUAUAGUCAUGAAGGGCGGGUACCCUUGCAAUACCGCGGACAGGAACGAUGUCAGUCAUUCUAGGAGGACGAUGAAUUCUGGGUCGACUAGAUGUAAGACUAUGUUAAUUGUGCUGCCCUUGUGCAAGAGCGGGUGAAAUAUACUUAGAUCCCUAUUCAAGCGAGUCGUUGUGCAAGUUACUGGCUGUCAAAUAUAGCAUUUAAUGAAAUUCCAGAAUGUUUUUUUUUUUUAA